GGGGCGGAGCAGAGCGCCAGGCUCACUGCACUCGCGCACCCACCAUGGCCUCUCGCAGCGCGGGCACCCUACUGACCGAGUUCAAUGCCGCCUAUGUGCCCCCUGGCCUCAUGCCUGGGUACCAAGGCCACGUCCCCAGUGUGGCCUUCUCCUUUGGCUCUCCCUAUGGCACCACCACCCUCAAAUACUUCCAGGACCACCGCAACGCAGCCAUGGAGAAGAGCCACACUCCCUUCAGCCAAGGCGGCCACUUCCCGACCCUCUUCUCCACCAACCCCCACCUUCUGCUGAUGUUGCGCACGAGCACCAGGGACCGCUGGCUGCACAAGCCCAGCUACACCCGCUUCAACCUGGACAGCCACCGCUCCACGGAGCUCACGCACUUCUACGAGACUGUCCAGGAGCAUCGGAAGUACUAUCAAGACAAGACGGGCAUGGUGCCUCGCGUCGCCUCCUUUGUGCUGCCUGUGAGGGAGCCGGAACGGUACCCCCUCCCCACCGUCCUGCCUCCUCUGAGCCCUAAGAGGAAGUGGCACCUUUUAAGACUAGCUCCUGAGAACCUGAAGACCUACCAGACCUUCCCAUCAGGGAAGAAGGUCUCUCCACAAGAGCGGCAAAAGAGAGACUGCUACUUCGAGUUCAGAGCAUGAGACCAGGUGCCUGAUGCCUGAGGUCCUGGGCCGUGAGCAGCCCAGCUUGUUUGGAAUAAAAUCUUUAGCAUGACCA